UUAAGCUUCGAUUUAUUAUGUGUUUUGUUCUUCGUCCGGUUUUUUAACUAUCUAGUACUAAAGCUCAUUAAGAAUUUUAUCUCUUUAUUAUUAUUCAAAAGUAUCGUGUGAUUUCAAAAGGCAUUGUAGUUGAGUUGUAAACGGUGAGCGGAAAGAUUCAAAUUCACGCGAAUUUUUUUUGUUUUUGUUUUUGUUGUUGAGCUUCGAUUCAUUGUGUUUUGCUCUUCGUCCGGUUUUUUAACUACUGAUCUAACCAAAACUCGUUAAGAAUUUUAUCUCUUUAUUGUUCGUUUAAUUUCCUUAAACCAAAUUAAAAAGAAGACAAGAAUAAGAUCAAGGAAGAGAUAACUUACAAAGACGCUGAUACGUCAAUACAAAAAACGACGCCAAGACGGCCGAACGCUGAAUUGCAUUCAUUUGAAGGAAGGGUCGAUAGAGCCAAACACCCCUUAUUUAGCGAGAAAAAAGCUUGAGAAAAUAAAGAGACCGCUGAAGUUAACWGUGAAUGCGGGUAGACACGGUUCAAGCAUCUUCUUUGAAGUAAGAAAAUUGUUGUCCAUACAUUUGAGGAKGAAAUGUUCCGGUACACUUCUAGUGUUACUCUAGAUCUUAAGUGUCUAGAAAGAACCAAAUAAACAGCUCUUCUAGGAUAWAUAUCUGCCUCGAAUGAGAAGGUAUCCAAAUCAAAGUGCUUGCGAUUACUCUGUGCUACGCGCGGACCUUGAAGACACUGAGCUAUAGCAGUCGACUAGACAUGAAAGUAUGUUCUGUGUCGUUGGGUUGAAAAAGAACAACUUAAAAAAAUAGAGAUAGCUGAAGAGCAAGUUUUUUUACUCGUAUUAAGUUGAUGUAAACUAAACCGUUUUAGCAUACCAAGAGAAACAGCUUUUUAGAAGACACAAUACUUAUCUCGUUCRAUUAGCCAAGAAAAUAUUUCGAGGUCACUUAAAGAUUAUCAAUAAUUGAUGUUUGACGUUGGAGGUCUUUAACUCGGUCUCACUAACUAAACUAAGAAACAGGUAAGAAUACUGUCUCAUUGAAGAAGUACUUUAAACCUUGAAUGAUUCUCUGCUAUAGCGGCCGAUAAAUCCUCCGACUUAACCGCCUUCAGCACCAUGGAAACCAUGGAAAGCAAGAUCGUCAAGACAAUUGCAAGUGCACUCGUCACAUUCUUUGCCAUAUUGGGGAAUCUCCUCGUCAUUGCCGCCGUGUUGCUCAUCCCGAGGAUGAAGACCGUCACGAAUUACCUGAUCGUYAACAUGGCGGUAGCAGACUUGCUAUACAUCUUAGUCAUCAUGCCRCCGUUCUUCGUUGAGAUUUUCGAGCUCUAUACCUGGGCGAUGGAGAAUUACGGUCAAGGCGUGUACUUUUGUAAAAUUGYCAAUUUUGGUCAAUACUUUCUGGCUACCGUGUCUGUCCUGACCCUAGCAGCUAUUGCUGCAGAUCGCUUCUUUGCCAUCGUACUCCCACUUCGAAAAGUCUUCACAAAGCAAGUAUUCUAUUAUAUAGUUCCAGUUAUUUGGRUAAUCGCGUCCGCAGUUGCAGCACCAGUGUUGUAUGCCUUUAAGAUUAAGGAGACAGAAGAUGGCUACCUAUCAUGUGAACAAGACUGGGCGCCCGCCUUUGACGAUCUCCGAGCGUCGCUCAUCUACAGUGGUAUCCUUUUUGCAGUAGUAUACUGCAUUCCAUUUCUGGCAAUCACCGUCAUGUACGCGAUUAUUUGCAGGAGACUUUGGAAGCGAAAAAUAUUAAACACCCGUCAUAAAAGACAGUAUCAAAAAGCCAUCGAGUCUCGCAAGAAGGUCGUCAAGAUGCUCAUCACAGUUGUWAUAGCGUUUGUCAUCUGCUGGCUUCCAGUUCAAGUUAUAACAUUCAUAUGGGAAGCAAACCCACACAUCAAAUUUCCUUACUCGUUAUUUUUCGUCUGUAUGUUCCUUAUGAGGGCGCAUGCKUGCACAAGCCCUUUUGUUUAUGCUAUUUUUAGCGAGAACUAUCGCCGUGGAUUUAAGGUGGCUCUUACCAGCUGUUGCUAUGGAAGGAAGUUYAGUUUGAGMWCACAACCUUCGUUGCUAAGGUCAACGAACAUGACCAUGUCAAGUCGUCGYAGUUAUCAACUGAAGGUGAUAUCCCGAGAAUUGAGCCCCAAUGAAGAAGAUGAUAACUGUGAGAAGAAAACAAUCACGAAUUGUCUUUUAAAAAAUGGYAAUCAAGCUACUACCAUAAUGGACGACUCAUAAAUCCGAGUCCAGUAAUGAAACUGAUCUAAGUUGAGCACGGUUAACUCACACAUGAAACAACCUCUGGGCUGAUCUAAGUCAGGGCAUGGCUAACUYAMASAUUGAACCCUGAAACAACCUCUGGGCUGAUCUAAGUCAGGGCAUGGCUAACUCACAGAUGGAACCCUGAAACAACCUCUGGGCUGAUCUAAGUCAGAGCAUGGCUAACUCACACAUCAAACUCUGAAACAACCUCUGUGCUGAUCAAAUUCAGGGCACGCUUAAAUCACACAUGGAACCUUGAAACUGCCUCUGGGGUGAUCAAAGUCAGGGAAUUGGCAACUCAUGACUGAUUGAACCCCUCUGUUUCCUAUAGCGCAUGCGCACUUAUAAUAUAGUUWUUCUACGUUUCUGGUGAUCUGACUUUAAGAGGUUUUGAAUAUCAUAACAUUACGUUAUGUAUCUUGGCAUAGUAAUGAAAAAAUAGACCUUAUUGCAUAUAGACAACCACUGGWUAUGAGCAAUCGCGAGCUUUGAUUGGCUGCUCUACUAAUAGGUUAUCAGCUCAUGUACAUUAGUAGAAAAAGUCCAAAAUGGCUGACCGGUUUGCCCAACUUUCUGAGGAGGCUAUAAAGACUCCACUUGAGAACAAAACAGCAAAAAAUGUUUGGUUAUUGUUAUUGGUUAAUGCCUUCAAUAAUAAUAAUAAUAAUAAUAAUAUUAUUAUUAUUAUUAUUGUUUUCCCGUUUAAGACUAAAUGUACGCACAGACGGUACAACAUUGCACGCAGCAGGACUGAUUCAGCGCGUGUUUACCCUCGAAACUUGUUGCAUGCAACAAUCUGAAGUUGAAUGGCGCUCUACUCUUGCAACAUUGCGCGCAACAAAUUUCAUCGUGUGAACAUGGUUGCAACAUUGCGUGCAACAUUUCGAAAAUUCCAGCCAAUCGGCUUGCACCAAAUUCAUAACCGCUGACCAAAUUUCUUAACUUAGCAGGCUGACACAAGCGAUGUUGCGUGAUUUUGUUGCAACGAAUCAAUGUUGUGUGCAACGUUGCACCGUGUGUCCACACCKUAAGAUUCUUUAAUCGAGUUGCCAUAUUGCUUACUAUCAAUCACGUGACUUUUUGGAGUUGGCUGGGGGGCAAACAAGCGGUUGACUGGGGGGCAACUAGCGGAUGCUAAGUCAAAACAU